AUGCCGAGGUAUUCCAGUUGUUGGCUCGUCGACAACAAAUUCGUGGUCAAGACCGGCAAGGGUGUCACGAGGAGCGAGGCAGAAACACUACGACUGCUCGGGGAGAAAGGGCUGCAAGUGCCCGAAGUCAUCGACCACUACGCCGACCCGGCGACCGGCAACCAUGUGAUUGUCAUGGAAUACAUCGAGGGCCGUUCGCUGGACCAGGCCAUAGACUCGUACGGACCCGAGGAGAAGAAGUCAAUAAUAUCACAGCUGCAACGGUUCAUGACAACAAUGCGGCAGGAGCUGAGGACCACCAAAUUCAUCGGCUCCGUCGACUCGACGGACGUGAAGGACCUCCUGUUCGUCCCGGCACUUUCGGGCCCCUUCGAUUCCGAGAAGGAGUUCGUCGACGGCCUGGCCGGCUCUCUCGAGGCGCGGGCCGAAGGGUCGUGGAUCAAGCUCGUCACGGUCCUUCUGAACCAUCUGCCGGACCACGGGAGUAACUUCGUCCUGACUCACGGAGACAUCAACCCGCGGAACAUCCUCGUGAGGGGCUCUCAGAUCGUGGCCAUCCUUGACUGGGGCCAGGCUGGCUAUUACCCGGAAUACUGGGAGUCUGUAAAGUCAUGCUUCUGGGACCUAGAUCUCGAUUUCUUUCAUAAGGCCAUCGUCGAGGAAGUUUUGCGGCCGUACCCGCUGGAAUUGAGUGUUCUGCUGCAUGCGCGGGAUAUUGUGUGGUGA